ACGGAAAGCGUGACUGCACCGGCCGUCCAAGUUUCCCGACAAAAUGCUAGGAAGCGCGUCAUCCCACACGCGGCUCCGCUCGCCGACUCCACCGGAUUCCAACCCUCCCCUCAAAGCCAUCCGCUACGACGAUGUCGCCGACGCCCUCCCUCCUCGCACCUCUCCGCCCUCCUCCGCUCGCCCCGAAACCGCAAACCUGAAAGCCCCAGAGCCGGCUGGCGACCUCAAGCGCGACUCCGGCUUUGAGCCCUCCUUCUCCACCCCUCCCCGAUCUUCCUCCGCCGAGACAAAUGCCGCUGCUGCGCAAACAAAUGGCAGCGCGGUGAAAGAGCUUGCUCUGCCUGCUAUCUUGGUGGAGAAGGAUCAUGCUGCAGAUGCGCCGUCUGAUGCCCCGCGGACGAGAUUUGAGGAUCUGAAUCUGGAGGAUCUGGUGUCGGAUCAGAUUGCCUUCUCGCAACGGGGCAGUCUCCUCUACGCUGGCAAGAAGAUGAACAAGCGACCGGAGGCGCUGAAUGUGGAGGAUGAGCCAGCCUCGGCCGCAGCAGAUACCCCUUCUGUGGUGGUGGACGAAUCGCACACGCAGGGUGAAGCCGCGGCGAAAGCACCGGAAUCGAAUGGGGACAUGCUGAGUCCCGACGUCAGCGGUUCGCGAGUGAUGUCGAUGGAAGAGAUGACGUUCUCCAUGCGAGUGCGCAGCAUGUAUGAACACGGCGAUGAAGAAGCGGCCAACUGGUCUCCUCAGCCACCGAGCACAAUUGACGCCGAGAGCUUCACGACUGCUAAUAGCAACCCGGAACUCUCCCCUAACAGCAUUCAUGUCCACAAACCAGGCUCAUCCAAUGGCCGAUCAUCGUCAUUACCAGUGCGAACAAGCAAGCUUCUCGAACCUAAUGAGCGUGCGGGCGGGUUGGAAGACUGGGAAGACGUGGACGGACGAGACGUUGAUCGAUACGGAUUCAUCAAGCCCAAGCGGAGCUCAAUCAGACUCUCGAACGGAGACAGAAUUGUCAGCGACGGUGGACAGCGCAUAGCCACGAACCUGCAAGUACCCUCACAAAGGCCAAAAAGGCACGGUGGAUUAGGGAGAGUGGUGUCGUCUGCCGCGCGCUCCUCCCGCUCGGUAAGCGGCGCGAAUGGAACUGCAGAUCCCACCACGCGAUCAAUACACAGCGUCCAUACUCACCGCUCUGCCGCCAACGUCCCGGCCGGCAACCCCUUCCGCUCCAAAGACAAGCGAGCAGUCGCCGAAGCCCCUGAUAUGCUCACGCUACCACCCGGCCUCGCAGAGCUGGCCGAGGAACGAGAAGCCAGCCACACUGCCUCCGUUUUCCGCAAACGCGAGCGUCUACGCGACGAAAAAUGGCAAAAGAUGGCCAAAGUCAAACAGCAACGCAUGCGCUCGACGGGCAAAGGUGGCGGAAUGCAGUUCGAAUUCGACACUACAGACCCCAAAGUCAUCAGCCGUACAUGGAAGGGCAUCCCAGACCGCUGGCGCGCAACAGCCUGGCACAGCUUCCUCUCCACCUCCGCACGGAAGCGCGGCAUCGGCGCCUCCGAUGCAGAGCUGAUGAUGUACUUCCACAAACUGCAGGAAGUCGGGUCCGCGGACGACGUGCAAAUCGACCUCGACGUCCCGCGCACCAUCAGCCAGCACGUCAUGUUCCGCCGACGCUACCGGGGCGGGCAACGACUGCUGUUCCGCGUGCUGCACGCCAUCAGCCUAUACUUCCCCGACACUGGGUAUGUGCAGGGCAUGGCGAGUCUGGCCACGACGCUACUGUGCUACUUCGACGAGGAGAAUGCCUUUGUGAUGAUGGUGCGGAUGUGGCAGUUGCGCGGGCUGGAGCAGUUGUUCGAAAGCGGCUUUGGCGGGCUGAUGAAGGCGCUCGAGCACUUUGAGCGCGACUGGCUGCGGGAUGGGGAUGUGGGAAAGCAAUUGGAGGCUCUGGGCAUUUCGUCGACGGCGUACGGGACGCGCUGGUAUUUGACGCUGUUCAAUCUGAGCAUUCCGUUUCCCGCGCAGUUGCGGGUGUGGGAUGUUUUCAUGCUGUUGGGCGAUGCGGAGUCACCGGCGCAGCAGAAGCUGGUGAAGAAUGGAGAGAAGGAGGUGUUCGGAGGCGCGGAUCUGGAUGUGCUGCACGCAACGAGCGCGGCUCUCAUCGAUGCUACGCGGGAGAUUCUCCUCGACAGCGACUUCGAGGGCGCGAUGAAGGUGCUGACCUCGUUUGUGCCGGUCAAGGACGAGGAUCUGUUGAUGCGAGUGGCAAGGGUGGAGUGGAAGCUGAGGAAAAAGAGAGCUGCGGCGGGAAAGAGGUAGACGGAGCAUGUUGCUUUUUGACUCUGCAUGUGGUUGUGAUACCCCCUUCUUCGAUUGCGGUGGCCUGCAAUGGACGCAUAUAGUGGCCUGUGUAUCUUGUCCUACUCGUACAU